AUGCAAAUUUUCGUCAGAGGACUCGGGUGGAACACAUACACCAUCGACAUCGAGCCGGAGGAUACGGUUCUGACGCUCAAGCAUCGCGUGCAAGACCGGACGGGCAUCCGGUCCACGCUGCAGCGACUCAUCUUCGCGGGCAAGCAGCUCGAGGAUAAGGGGCCCGAAUCUUUGCCGCACAGCUCGAGGAGAAGGAAUAAUACUUUGGCAGACUAUAAGAUCCGGAGAGAAGCUACCGUUACUCUCCAUAUGCGAAUGUGUCCCGAAGUUCACGUAGAGUGGGGUGUCUACGGAUCGAUGAAAAUCGGUUUCGAACCACACCUCUCCUACUAUCGCGAGAAAGUGGCACGGGCCUGCGGCAUCCCGUCCCGGCACCUACGCCUCUGCUGCAAGAUGCGCCUCUUCUCCGACACGCAGGAGGAGGGCCUCCUCGCCAUCCCGUGGGACUGGACGUCCCGCCCGGCCUGGAGACGUGCGCACUUCGGUUUGCAUGGAUAUUUUCUUACUCUCAUGUUGCACGCCGUCGACGCGCGCCUCGGCGAGCCGCCGCGAGCCGCCAGAACGCCCGCACCAAACCCGGACACCGUCGCCGCGCGCAUUCGCAAGCGUCGCAAAACGCCAGCACCGGACCCGAACAGUGUCGCCGCGCGCGUCCGCAAGCGCCGCCGGUCGUAA